AUGGACGUCCUUGGCACGGCUCGUGCCUAUAUCAAAGAGAUGGUGAAUUUAGCUGGACCUCAAAUGAAAGUCAUUCUUAUGGACAAGGAAACGACCACCAUAGUUUCUUGUGCUUUCGCGCAAUCUGAAAUGAUGCAGAAAGAGGUGUACCUGUUCGAACGCUUGGAUUCGCCAGUUCCAAGAGAGCCAAUUAAACACCUCAAAUGUCUCGUGUUUGUGCGGCCUACACCAGAUAAUGUGCAAUUAUUAUCCACAGAGCUACGAAAUCCAAGAUACGCACAAUACUAUAUUUAUUUUUCAAACAUUGUUAGUAAAACUGAUCUGAAGGCAUUAGCUGAAGCUGACGAACACGAGGCCGUAAGAGAAGUCCACGAGUUUUUCGUCGAUGGCAUAGCGCUGAGUGCACCGUUGUUCAGUGUGAAUUUGAAACAUAUUUAUGAUCAAUCCUUCAAUGUAACGGCUUCUUCCUUUCUUCGUAUUAAGCAAGCGUUGGUUGCUUUAUUACUGAGUCAAAAGAAGAAACCUCUAAUAAGAUAUCAGCGCUCAUCGGAAGAUUGCAAACGGCUAGCCGAAGAUUUGAAUCAGGUUAUGCGACGUGAAGAGGGCCUCUUUGAUAAUGCAAAGCGUGAUGCCGUCUUGUUAGUUGUGGACCGUAGCGAAGAUCCGGUAACACCAUUACUGAACCAGUGGACUUAUGAAGCAAUGGUUCACGAGCUGAUCACUAUUAACAACAACAGAGUUUCGGUAGAUGGCCAAAGUAUGGUUCUGAGCGAAUUGCACGACGAAUUCUACGCGAAGAACGUCUCAUCUAAUUUCGGAGAAAUUGGCCAGAAUAUCAAGCUGCUGAUGAACGAGUUCCAGCAGAAGUCUCAAAUUCACAAAAAUUUAGAAUCAAUAGCUGAUAUGAAGAAUUUUGUAGAGGAAUAUCCGCAAUUCAAAAAGAUCUCAGGAACUGUUUCGAAGCAUGUCACGUUGGUAGGCGAACUUAGCAAAAUUGUGGCAAAUCAGAAUCUCUUGGAAAUUUCAGAGGUGGAGCAAAGUAUAGUCGCAGAAGGGGACCACUCUCGUUGUUUGGAACGUAUACGGGCGCUCAUUAAUCACCCUAAAACAACAAAAUUAAAUGCCCUUCGACUUGUGCUACUUUAUGCACUCCGAUUUGAAGGAAAUCCGAAUAACGAGUUAUCCUCCCUGGUGGGGAUGCUCAGGAAGGACAAUGAUGCAGCAAAAGUAGUCCGAGCAUUGCUGCGGUAUGGAGGAGCAGCUCGACGGAAGAGUGAUCUUUUUGGAGAAGGCACAACAAUGGGGAUGACCAAAAGGUUCAUAAAAGGACUGAAAGGCGUCGAAAAUAUCUACACACAACAUGAACCCUAUCUGAAGGAUAUAGUUGAAAAUAUCGUCAAAGGACGGUUGUCAGAACAGCAGUAUCCUUACGUUGCGGGAGAUGUGACAGGGUGA